UUGGAGAACUGCGAAAACAAAAUUUUGAUGAAUUCUUUAGCAACGUCAAAAAAUGUGUUCAAGAUGCUGCGCAAUCAGAAGAAGGGGCGAGGAACAAUUUGUUUUGGCCACUGGGAAGCUACCUAUUCUGUUCGGAAGAGGGAGCGAUCUGUCUGGAUGAUGCAACGUCUAUUGUUAAGAUGAUGCAUUUGAUGCUCGAGACAGUCUCUCCAGUUUCCAGUUUUGAGGAUCAUCUGAAGUAUAGUUAUUUUACAAGACUGCUUUCUUUGCAGUUCCUGAAAAGAAUAGACAUCGAUGACCUCUCCGAGUCAAGCUAUGAAGCUGGUGUCUUCUUGGCAUUACAAUCUUCAGGAAUAGAUCCACAGGAUGACAAUGUUUCAAAGCCAGCUAAAGGUUGCCUGCAGAUGGCUCGGCACAUGGGACGUGCACCGAACCUGAACAAUGCUUAUCUAGCUAUCAAACUAUCUGAGAUAACGCCCUGCAGGGCACAACUUGAGUGGUACAAGGCACGCUGUGAUGAGUCUGUGGAUCAAUGUGGGUAUUAUGACACAUUCGAGAAAUUUGCAGCAUCCAGGAGGGAGUCCACAAUCAACAUGAACCUGUUCAGACUCGGCACAUUCUGGGAUAGGGUCAUAGGCAUGGCAGCACGGAAUGAACUCUCGCACGAUUUCCACUGCAUGCCCAAGUGGGUCAAUGCGUCCCAUUCCUACAUGCUCCUCGCCGAGCCAUUGGAAAUCGCACGCUAUUACCGUCAUGGCAUGCACGCAAAGAAGGGACAUUACAUCAAACAUGGGAGGAAUAGGAGGUUCCAGAUUUUGGAAAGAUGGUGGAAUCGGAAGGUGGCUGUUGCGGCGCAAGAACCACAACAAAAUAACAACAAAAGGAAUAGGAGCAGGUAUGCAAGCUUUACUCAAGAUUAUUUGUUUUGGGCGAGGGUGGAGGAAGCUAAAGACUGGCUCAAGAACACAGAAGAGGAAGAGGACCUGAAUAAGUUGGGAUCAUUUUUGGAGAACAUGAAUCGUUUCGAGACGUACGCAAAGGAGCUGAUUAAGAACAAGGAGGUGUCCAUAGAUGUUCUGGCUAAGAACUCAAGUUACACAUUAUGGGCUGAGAAAUGGAAAGAUUUGAAGGCGAAGCUCUUGCGGCCACCUUCUACUCCUCUUUUGAACGGAAUGGAUUGUAUUACGAAGAGAUGAAGAGAUAGUGACACAAAUAAUUCUCGAAUUUUAACUUAAUGCAUGACCUAAACUUUCAGUAUAUAUUGAAUGGAGUCCAUGAAC